ACGUCACUUUAUGGAAACAUGGAGUGAGUUGGCGAAGUUGGAUUUUCAGCUGAGCUGAGCACAGUGGCUGGCUGAACAACAGUAAUAGCUUUAGAUCCUUCUUGGAUACCAGGAUUCGAGUUUUUCAACUUCUCAAUCUCUCUUUUCCUUCAGAUCUACGCAGCAGAAUCAGGUUCAUACUUCAAUUUGGAAUGGUAUAUGAAGAUGAUUUAUGAAAAUGGGAACUCAAGAAUUGAAUGCCCAUGUGCCCAGAGUCAAUAGCUUGGGACUUGAGAGCCCUUUGAGUUGUUUUGAGAAUGAGGAAGUGGUAUGGAGGAGUGUUGAUUAUAGCACUUGCUGUUAUCUUGCUUCUUCAGUACACUAUUAUGGGAAACCGCCCCCAGAAGCAGCCCCCACAUAGGUUUUUUGGGAACCAUCCAGCCAAUACUUCUAAAUUAAAGGAUAGUGAUUCAGUGUCUUCGGUAAAAGAGAAAAAAGUUCUAAAUCAUAGGAAAAAGGCCCAUCUUAUUGAUGUUGAAGGACUUGAUGAUUUAUAUGCUUUGAACAACAUUUCUAAGGAAGAUUCCAAGGCCUUGCUUGUGUGGGCUCACAUGUAUCCAUUGUUAUGCCGGUCUGAUGCUUUGCCUGAAACAGCUCAAGGCAUAAAAGAGGCUUCCUCAGCUUGGAAGGAUCUGUGGUCUGCAAUUGAGGAGGAUAAGGCCUCCAAGUUUAAUAAUACUCAAAGUGAAAAUGGAAACCCAGAAGCUAAAGACUGUCCUUUCUCUGUGAGUACAUUUGAUAAGACGGUGUAUAGCAGUGGAUGUAUUCUUGAGUUCCCAUGUGGUCUAGUUGAGGAUUCGUCCAUUACAGUGAUUGGCAUUCCUGAUGGCCGCAAUGGAAGCUUUCAAGUUGAACUUGUGGGAUUGCAGCUUCCAGGGGAGAGGGAGCCUCCCAUUUUAUUGCACUACAAUGUGAGUCUUCCGGGAGAUAAACUGACAGAGGAGCCAGUGAUAGUUCAAAAUACAUGGACUAAUGAGACAGGGUGGGGAAAGGAGGAGAGGUGUCAUGCUCAUGCAUCCACUAACAUCCAGAAAGUUGAUGGACUUGUUCUUUGCAAUCAACUAAUUGUCAGAAGCACUGUGGAAGAAAAUCUAAACAUGACUCAUCCUAAUAGUGACAUGUUGACCAAUGUUUCUAGUGGAAGAGCCCAUGUCAGUGCUAAUUUCCCAUUUGCUGAAGGAAAUCCAUUUACUGCAACAUUGUGGGUUGGUUCAGAGGGAUUCCACAUGACUGUGAAUGGAAGGCAUGAAACAUCUUUUACAUAUAGGGAGAAACUUGAGCCAUGGUUGGUUAGUGGAGUUAAAGUAGCAGGUGGUUUGGAACUCUUAUCUGCCUUAGCUAAAGAUUUGCCUGUUUCUGAAGAUCUAGAUUUGGCCGUUGAUGUUGAACACCUCAAAGCUCCACCAGUUUCCCGGAAAAGACUUGUAAUGCUGGUUGGGGUUUUCUCUACUGGAAAUAAUUUUGAGCGUCGCAUGGCACUGAGGAGGACUUGGAUGCAAUACGAAGCUGUACGUUCUGGCGAUGUGGCUGUUCGCUUUUUCAUUGGUCUUCACAAGAACCGGCAAGUCAAUUUAGAGCUGUGGAGAGAAGCUCAAGCAUAUGGAGACAUCCAGUUGAUGCCUUUUGUUGAUUAUUACAGCCUUAUCAGUUUGAAGACAAUUGCAACCUGCAUUAUGGGGACGAAAAUCCUCCCUGCUAAAUAUGUAAUGAAAACAGAUGAUGAUGCUUUUGUUAGGAUUGAUGAAGUUCUCUCAAGUCUUAAAGGAAAGCCAUCUAAUGGCCUGUUGUAUGGUCUUAUAUCCUUUGACUCGGCACCCCACAGGGAUAAAGACAGCAAAUGGCAUAUCAGUGCUGAGGAAUGGCCACGUGAUACGUACCCACCAUGGGCCCAUGGUCCAGGUUACAUCAUAUCCCGAGACAUUGCAAAAUUCAUUGUUCAAAGCCACCAAGAAAGAGACCUCCAGCUUUUUAAACUAGAAGAUGUUGCGAUGGGCAUAUGGAUUGAUGAAUUCAAGAACAAGGAUCAACAAGUAAACUACAUUAGCGAUGAACGGUUUUAUAACACUGGAUGUGAAUCAAAUUAUAUUCUCGCCCAUUAUCAGGGUCCAAGAAAGGUGUUAUGCCUGUGGGAGAUGCUGCAGAAAGAGCAGAAGCCCAUCUGCUGUGAGUAAAGAGUUCAACAACCUAUGGUUAACAGAUGCAUUCUUUGUAAAGAGUAUGAGGAAUCGGCGGAUCAUAUUCUAAUUCAUUGCGAUAAGACAAGGGAGCUUUGGACUGUGGUGCUCUCUUCUUUUGGGGUGGUGUGGGUGCUCCCGAACUCAAUGAGAAAUUUGCUUCUUGAAUGGAAAAUUAAGGGCCUAGAAAAAAAGAGGAGUGUAGUUUGGAAAAUGGCGUCUAUUUGUUUGUUUUGGUGUAUUUGGGGAGAGCGGAAUAGAAGAAUGUUUCAAGAAGAAGAGAAGUCAGAUAUGAGUUUGAAGAAUCUCUUCCUUCGGACUCUUCUUGAAUGGUCUCAACAGUUCAUGGACGUGGACUAUCUCUCUUUUAUGAAUAUGUUGGGUGGUUGACUUGUUGGUCAUCUUUGGCUUUUCUAGGUUUUUGUUUAUCCUUUAUUGCCUUGGGUGAGGCCUUCUUUGUAUACUGUCAGUGUACUUAGGGAGCGCCCCCUGUUUUGGCGUGGUCUAAUAUGAUUUCUUCUCUUGGUUUAUCAAAAAAAAAAUGGAUUCCAAUUUAGGCAAAUUUGAUACCACAAAGCUUGAUCAUUGAGUUGAAUGUGUUUACAUUCUCCAAAUGUGAAUAAGAUUGCAGAAUUUGAUGACAA